CUUCUAUCUCAUCCCCGCUAAAACCAACAAGCAAACAACCUCACUUCCACCAGUCAUUUCCUCUACAUAGUAUUUUCUGUCCAUCAUUCCUUUUUCUUCUCAACUGCUGUAAUACUAUCCCAGCGGCUCAGCUAAAUCUGUGAGAUUUUCUUGUUUAUUUAUUCGGCUUAUCUUUUCGACUUCUUUUUAUCUUUUAAACAAUUCAAAAUCCCCGCGCGAAAGAAAAAGCAAAGAAAAGCAGUCAAAAUGCCAUCGCCGUCGAAAUCGGAAACUCUCGAGCACGACAACUUUGUCGCUUUUGACCACGCCGCUGCUGGACAUGACGGCGUCCGCUGCACCCUCUCCGGUUCCCUAAUCGCAAAGCCUUGCACCUCCGCAGAAGUCGAAUUUUACGAAUCCUGCGCCCUCCAUCCUCUAUUCCGGGAACUCAUCCCUACCUACAUCGGUACUCUCUCGUCUGCAGACGACCAACAACAGCAACAACAACCGUCCCUCGCAGUCCCCGCCGCCGCCGACACCCUGCAGUCCGACUCGACAGGCACACCUACAGAAAAAGCAACCUCUCCCUACGGGCGAAAAAUCGAGACUGAACUGUCGAUUGUGCUGGAGAAUGUAGCCGCUGGGUUCAAGAGGCCGAAUGUUCUGGAUGUCAAGCUGGGAGCGCGGCUCUGGGCAGAUGAUGCCCGGCCGGAGAAGCGCGCGAAGCUGGACGCUGUUUCGCAGGAAACUACCAGCUCGAGUCUUGGUUUCCGGAUCUGCGGCAUGAAGGUAUUUACCGGUGAGGAUGGGGAGAGCGAUGAGGGUGCUCUCACCGAUCCGUACGAUGCGAAGCAUGAAGGAAAGGAAGGGGAGAAGGGCGAGGUGAUUGAGAAGGACGGCUUCAAGCGCUACGAUAAGUGGUACGGACGGUCGUUUAAUGAGGGUAAUGUCAAGGAAGGCUUUGAGGCCUUCUUCACUGGUGCGAAGCUGGGCGGCGUGGACCGCUCGAAGCUCGUCGCGAGACGGGUCAUCGAGGAGCUCAAGCGUGUGCAGAAGACGCUUGAGAUGGAGGAGAGCAGGAUGUACUCUGCUAGUGUCCUGAUAGUCUACGAAGGUGACCCAGAAGCGUUGGAGCACGCGCUUGAGGAGGAAAAGAAGGCCUUGGACAAGCCGCCAACGCAGGAUGACGAAGAAGAUGAAGACGAAGAAGUGAGCUUAGAAGAACUCCAGCAGGACGGUUCCCUGCAACUGGUUGAUGUGAACAAUCUGGGGCAAGCCGGGAUUCCCCAGCAGGCCAUUAACAUCCCCAUCGAUCCCAGCACCGUCGCAAAUCUCGGUGAUGAGGACGAUGACGAGGAGGAUGCACCGAAGGUCCAUGACCUUCGUUUGAUCGACUUUGCCCACGCCCAGUGGACUCCAGGCCAAGGACAUGACGAGAAUUCUCUUCGGGGUGUGCGGAACUUGAUCAAGGUUCUCAAUGGAAUUGUUGAAUGAGUACUUUCAUCUUCUUUUCACAGUUGGGUUUGGAUCUCCGGGUGAAUAGUCGCUGGCGGCUUGUACACGAUUUACGAUAGCUAUCUACGGUUCGAUGUUCUUAUAUAAAAAGCAUUGGAGCGCAAUACAUUCUUUUAUUAUAUUAGUUUCGAAAAACUUUUAGUAACCGUUAUGCUCUGCUCUGC